CACGGGGAGGGCGCGGGGCGGGGCGUCGGGUUGUGUAGUACGUGUGCUUCACAGCGGUUAGCUUGCGGCGAGUGAGCCAACGCUACAGCUGAACCGAACUCGUAAACAUGGUGCUGCUUGAAAAUGACUCGUUCCUCACAGAGCUCACACGGCUCUUCCAGAAGUGCAGAACAUCUGGCAGUGUUGUCAUCACACUAAAGAAAUAUGACGGGAGGACCAAGCCAGUGCCCAGAAAGGGCCACUCGGAGACAUUUGAACCAGCAGACAACAAAUGUCUCCUCAGAGCAUCUGAUGGCAAGAAGAAAAUUAGCACAGUGGUUAGCACCAAAGAAGUAAUCAAGUUUCAAAUGGCGUAUUCCAACCUUCUCAGAGCUCACAUGGAUGGACUUAAGAAGAAAGAUAAGAAAAGUAAAAGCAAGAAAACCAAAGCCACCCAAUGAGCAACAGACUCUUUAACAUAACCAUGGUUACCUUAACUGGCCUGUCUGAUAAGUGGGGGAAAUGGGAAAGACCUCCGCUUGGUCUGUCACCCCAACCGGCUUUCUACCCAUUCACCCAAGGCCUCUGAAUCACUGUUCAUCCACCCAGUGACUGCUUCGAUAUUAUGCCAUUGUUUGCAUGGUUACGUCUCAUCCCUGGCUGUUCAGUGCCAUCGGUGAUCUGGAACAGAAUACCUGAGGAUUUCUCAAAACUCAUACAAGAUGAAUCAGGUCACCUUUAUUGAAUCUCCACAGCUUCUGCUUCAGAAACCAGGACAUUAACAGCUGUAUUGCCUCUGGGGCAAAAUCCGCGGAGCCCAAUGAUUUAACUGCCUUUCAUACUAUUUAAUUGUUAGAGUCCCUAUUUAUGUUAUAUUAACGGCUAACCUGUGAACUGUGUUGACAUGUUUCAAUUCGACGAUUCGUUUCUUUAGAAGGAUGGUUAAUUUUCCAGUUAUGAUUUUUUUUUUUCCUUAAAUAUGUGUUGAAAUUUCAGCAUGGGUGCAGAACUAAAUAUGAUCAGCUUUGUUUUAUUUUUUGUCAAAUUUCACUUGAUUUGACCUGAAAUUGUAUUUUAUGUUUUAUUUUACUUUUUGAAGUACAAUGAAUAUUCUAGUGCCCCCUCGUUUUUGAACCACAUUCCCAUGCCAAGCUGUCAAACUGGGAGUCUUAAAUUGUAAAACACCAAUAAAAAAAAAUAGCCUCAGUUAAUGUGGUUAAUUCAGA